AUGGCUGCUUCACCAGAAAAUGUCGACGUUGUCAUCAUUGGAGGAGGAAUGUCAGGCCUUUCUGCAGCCUACGAAUUGCUGAAGAAACGUCCGAAAAUAAAGCUUGUAGUUCUCGAAGCUAAAGGUAUGCCUGAAAGUUUUGACAGGUUGAUAAUUUGUUGAUGCAAUUUUUUUUGAGGGCGUCGGUAAGUAACUUUAAUUUAUCUGAUCUUUUGAGCUUGACCUUGUAAUUAAAUGCUAAGCUUGCAUGCUAGCCGGUUGACCUCUCUUUAUUUUUCCCUCACGCUGUUAAGUUUUCAUUUUUCUCUUCGCGACUAGCAGAAACCACUCGUACAAAAUUAAUGUAAAGGCUCAUGGUAAGAUCCCGUCGAGCGCGUUAGCAACCGUUAAGGUGAUUCCUCAGUUUUGCACCACACAUCCUAUCUUACGCUUAAAAAUCACAUAAUCCAGGGAAUGAGCGCGCGCGCAUUCCGAGAAUAUGGUAUUUAUUUUCAAUCCAUUGACCAGGUAAAGUGGUACAAUGGUCUAUCGCCCGUAAACAAACAAGGCGACCUAUACUUUUUAUUGCAUAAUUUUGGUGAACAGAUUGUGUCCUUUAAAUUGGAGAAAUUAAAAAGAGAUAUACGAAAGGGAAAAAAGGUAAACCUAAAAGCGUACACUAAGCCCGUUACUCGAGGAUGCAAAUUAUGACUUUGAAAGGAACGACUCAAGGAACGGUUUGAGUCGAUGUCGUUUAAAUUUGCGGCGUUGACAAAAUCUGGAUCGGACAGGACCGGAUCACGGAUUGGAUCACGGACCGGAUCACGGAUCAUGGAUCGGAUCAUGUUAAAUAAAAGAAGAAAUUUUGCGUGGCAAGCCAAAAUUAAGUCUGCAUGACAUAGUUGAGUGCAGGCCCCCCUGAAAGUUUUUUGCCCAAAAACCUCACAGAUUGGAUCAUGUUUCAAAAAAGAAAAGAGUUUGAAAAAUAAAACAAUCAAAUCCUUACAAAAUAAUAAAUAGUUUAAAAAAAAGGAUGUUAAAAAAUAAAAAUAUUUCAAUGAAAAUUUGAGAUGUUACAUAAAAUGCCAAAAUAGAGUCUGGGUGACACAGUGGAGUGCAGGUCCAUUUGAGAGUUUUCCCCAAAACUCCAUGUAGUCACUUUCACAGCUGUGUUGAGGAGUGUUGUGUCAUGCUGUCAUGGACAAAAGCUAGCAAGAGGUACGUAUCAUUCUUCAAUCAGGAGGAGGGCAUUGGGGAUUUUUGGUUUUGCAGUUUUGGCUAAUUUUAGAUUGGUUUUUUUGGUUUUUUGUGUCAAAAAACUUUGGUUUUUCAAUUUUCUCCAUUUUGGUUUGCAGAUUUUAUGUGAUUUAGCAUUUGAUUUUUGGUUUUUGUCAAAAAUGGAAAUGGAUUUUUGGAAUUUUUUGUGAUCUGAACAGCAAUUAAGCACCUCUACUGAUCUCAAACAGUGGCGAAACACUAAUGUUAUUGAAAGAACUGCAUGACAAACCAAAUGUCACUGGAAUAGUUUCUUGUUGGUGAAAUGUGACAACAAGGGGUUUUUGGGCAAAAAAAAAAAACCUCAGUGGGGCCUGCACUCCAUUAUGUCACACAGACUUUAUUUUGGCUCGUCACGCAAAAUUUCUAAUUUCAAUUAAUGAGAUCUGACCCAUGAUCCAGUCUGUAGUCCAGUUUGUGGUCCAGUCCGUGAUCCAAUCUGGUCAAAUCCAGGUUUUCUCAACACUGUUAAAUGGUGAGACACCUAACCCUCAAUACCCAGUUUGCAUGUUCUCUAUACUGUUCUCUAUACAUUUUUCAAGAUGCUGACAAGGAGAAUUUGUUAAACAAUCAAGAGCUUCUUCAGAAAGUGAUCAUUUCCUUUAUUCCUCUGACUUCCAUUUGUGUAAUUCAGAGGUGAUAUGGAAGGAGAAAUUAGCUGCUAGUCACUCUUAGCGGUCAAAAGAUUAAUGGGUGAAGAUUUCCUCCAGAGUAGACACCUUCCUUAUGGCAGCAUGUGUCAGAAAUCAGAGAUAUGUUGCAGCAUUCAAAGACAAAUUGACAUUUUAUCGUAGACGUAAAGUUUAUAAACUAUAAUCUUUUAAUCAAAACAAUUUGUGAAAACUUAGACAGAGUUGGUGGAAGACUUGACAGUGUGGAACUUAAAACUGUGAAAGGAACAGACAGAUGGGAUGUUGGAGGACAAUGGGUAUGUAGGUGAGAACAAUUGGAGAUAAUAUCCUACAUUUUGAGAAAAUGGGGUCAAGGAAAGUCAGAUCUUAUUCGAGUUACCAGGGAUUGGAGUUAACCCUUUACAUCCUAACGUCAGAAUGCAUAUUCUCCAUACUGUUCUCUAUACAUUUCUUAAGGUUCUGACAAGGAGAAUUUGUUGAACAGUCAGGAGUUCUUUAGUUGUUGAUCAGUUCCUUUAUUCUCAUGACCUUAAUGUUUGAUUUAGGGGUGAUAUUGUGAGGAGAAAUUAGAUGCCAGUCACUCUUAGGGGUUAAAGGGUUGGCUAAGUUCAAGUUAGCAAGGUUCUACAGAACAAGUUUCUUUGUGAAUGUUUCAAACAAUGAGACAUAAUUUUUCUUGCAUAUUGUUCCUUUCAAAGUUGUGUGAAAAUUAGUCUUAGAAUAAUCAGUGUGUUUAUAUUUGACAAUGAGGUAACAGCUAGGAGCAUGAGAAAAUAAGUUUACUUCCUUAAGCUAAUUUUUUUGUUUCCUUCACAGGAAUCAAAAGACUCUUAUGAGUCUACUUGAGGAAUUGGACAUUGAAGUGUAUAAUCAAUUGUACAGUGGAAGCAAAGUGUGGCACAGCAAUAAUGAUGUCAUUACCAAGUAUUCUGGUGAGAUUCCACCAGUGUCUUAUAUUGCAGUUCUUGACCUGUUGUGGUCCAUCUAUAAGGUAAGUUGCAGACAAUUCUGUUGAUAGUUUGUCUUCUUGUCUUCUGAAAGCUAAUUGACUCUUAACAAUUGGUUCAUACAUCAGCGUGUGUUCAUCGAGAUAUGAAUUACAUGGGAAGUUUGGAGAGCACGAAAAAUGGGUAAGAGUUGCUCUUGGCUAUGCCUCGAGCAACUCUAGCUUCUUGAGUGCUCUCUAAACUUCCCAAGUGCUUCAUAUCUUGAUGAAUGCACAGCUGACAUAUGAACCAAUUGUUUUAUAACAUUUUCAACUCAAUGGAAACAUUUUCUCGGGGGAUAUGUUUGCUGACAUCAUGAGCGUGCAUGCUUGAGCAAUUGAAUUUGAUCAGACAAAUUUACUAGCUAUGUUAUAAAACUGUUUAAUGUCCUUGACCCAAUUCUUUUAGUUUAAGCUGGGAGGCGGGGGAAGGGGGAAAGGGGAUACUCAGAGAAAGGUGACAUUUUCACUUUCUGUUCCUAGCUCUUCCUCUUCCUUUUCCUCUCCUCAGACAGCCAAUUAAUGACAAAGGGAUAUUUGUCCCUUUGAAUUAUGUUCCUUCUUCUGUCUGCUUGAAUUUCUCUUUUCCAGCUCUGAGCUCCUAUUUCUCUUGUACCUUUUCAUCUCUCCAGUCUGUCCUCAUCCUCGCAUUUGUUUAUUUAGUAAUGCUGGGUAUUCAGAUAUUUUAUGAAGUAUCACUAUUUUGCUCGCUCAAAGCCUUGUUCCCAGGAGAAGAGGAGAGAGUUUGGAAACAAGGCUCGCUCAAAGGAUGGGAUGAACUGAGCUGGAAAGAGAUAUUACCGAUUACACUUAUUUUACAAUUUUUUUCCCUUGAUGAUUCACAAGGUUGAGAGGUUGUGCAAAGAAGUUCCUAUUGAUGAUCCUAGUAAGUGUCCUUGUGCUGAAGAAUGGGAUGGAAUGACUUUAGAGACAUGGAAACAUCAGACACUAUGGACAAAUGGUGAGAAAUGUGUUUAAGUGUCACAAGUUGUUAGAAUAUGCACUUUAGGCACAGUGAUCUCUCUUUCUUUGAAGCUUACUUAUCCCAACUACCUUAAUUUGGAAGGCAAAUUGUAUUGAAACUCAGAAAACCAUGAAAUAUAUAUGGCACAGCAUCCGUGUGAUUUGCAUGUUAGAACACUAAAUUUCAAAGCAAAAUCAUGGCUAAUACGUUUGUGGCUUUGAGGAUUGCUUGUGUGUUCUAAACUUUAUUGUGAUUGGUCAGUACACCAUUGAAAUUUUCCAAAUUUCAUAAUGAAGGGAAAGUACUGGUAUGCUCCAGAAAUCAUGUCAUUAUCCUCUUGCAUUAAGGUGAUUCCUCAGUAUUGCACUGCAAAUCCUGUACUAUGCAUAACAUCAUAAUUGAGCAGUAUGCAUACAGGCUUUCUGAGAACAUGGUAUUAUUUAAUGAAUGAUGUAAAUGUGUGAUAGUCUUUUGUACAAGCUCAGUUACCUAUAUUUUUUAUUGGAUAACAUUGCUGUUCAAAUUUUCCCCCCUAAAAUAAGAAAAAUAAGAAAAAAUUUUUGUCAUCAAGAAUGUAUAUUUGAUCACAAGUCUCCUCUGACAUCAAAAAGUAUUGAAAGGAAGAUGAGGGCAUUAUGCCAUUAGAGUUUGCAUGCCUCUGACUGUGACUGAGGUGUGAUACCCACAUUAAGCAUCAUGUGUCCAUUGAGUUCACUAAUGGCUUGUCCAUGUAAGAGUUUUUAUUAAGGCUAUUUAACUGAUUUUUUACCCUUCCUAAUUGACCAACACUCCCAAAUUCUAAUUCUAAUUCUAACCUGACAUGUAUGAAAAUGCUGGCGCUCUUUUCUUUUAUUCCAUUGUUAUUAUCAUAUUAAUAUUAUAUUAUUAUAUUUAUGUCCAUGACUAUUUUUGACAUUUAUAUUGUCACACUACCUUAAUCUCUACUUUUAGCUGCAAAAGAAUUAUUUGACAUAGUGAUAGGCAUCAUGUUUGGAGUGACACCAUCUCAGAUGUCCUUCCUGUAUUUUCUGCAUUACCUGAACUGUUCAGGGGGGUGGUCUAUUAUGACAGAUCCAAGUGUGGAGGGCCAUGCGCAGGAGUGGAAAAUUAAGGUACUGUGGAGAGUUUCUAAAAUGUUUGUGUGCCUUAAACUCUUCAACCUCUAAGAGUGACUGGCAUGUAAUUUCUCCUUACCACAUCACCCCUGAAUCAAACAUUAAGGUCCGGAGAAUAAAGGAGCUGAUCACCGACUAAGGAAGCUCUUGAUUGUUAGACAAAUUCUCCUUGUCAGCACCUUAGGAAAUGUAUAGAGAACAGUAUGGAGAAUAUACAUACUGAUGUUAGUGUGUAAUUUGGGUUAAAGGAGUUUUUUCAGCUUCAGAAACUCUCUAUGGUGGCAAAUUUACAUUUACCAAGUUAAUGAAACCAAAUUAUCUUGUUAUACUCUCCCACCAAUGAAGCACCACAGGAUUCUUUUAACCCUUUAACUCUCAGAUCAAAUUUGUAAUUCUCCUUACCAUCUCUCAUACAGUUCUUGUAAUGGUGGUUUGGAGAAUUUAGUCAACUUAUAAUCCCCUAACUGAUGUUUUUCUUUAUUCUCAUCUCUUGUCUGCUUGAUAUUGUAUUGACAUUGUAAGGAGAAAUUCUGUCUUGGUCACUUAUGGGUGUUAAAGGGUUAACAUUAAUUUGGGGAUACAGACAUGUAGUAAAGUUUCUUGAAAGAAUAUUUAUAAUUUUACUGUACAGUGAGCAACAAUACAAAUAUGCAGUUAGAACUCAGUAACAGGUGACCAUGACCGCUUAUUAGAGGUGACUGCUUAAUCAACUGAGGUAAAAAUUACAGUAAUUAUAGGGAAGAAGUGUGGGACUCUGAAAAUGGACUGCUUACGACAGGGUGAUAACUUAUUAUGUAUAUUGAAUUUAAUAAUUGAAUUUUAUUUAUUGUUUGCACUAUAUUUGUUUUUGCCAAAAGGGGACUGCUCAUAGUGUAACUGAAGUACUUGCUGGCAGACUGGGAAAGGGCAGAGUUCUUUUAAAUCAGCCAGUCACAUCAAUUAAACAGGUAAAUAUGUAGUACUGAUCACUUGUGCCAGGGGUCCAGUGAUCCAUUGACAACUACUCAGAUUUGAGACUCUGAGAUAGUCCUGGUUCAAGUUCUAUAAGCAUGUAGUACAUGAGAUAAUAAGCUGUCAUUUCCUGCUUUGCUCAUCACUUUUAAAGUCACAGAGCUUUGCUCUAGCAAGCCAAUGAUACUUUAUGGAGAAAGGGACUUUCAACUUUUGUCUUUGAGCAACUUUUGUGACUCAAGUUGAGUAAUUAAACUGCACAUGGAGUAAUUAUUGGGUAUUCUGUCCAAGAAAAUGUGGCUGCAUGCAUGCAUGCAUGAAUUUAAGACCUGUGAGAUUUCACUCUCAGAGUGCUUUCCUUUUCCAAAGUACAUAUGUGAAAUAAAAACGGAUAUUUCUAACAAGAGUGAAAAUGGCCCCAAUUGCUUGACUUAACAACCAUGAUUGAAAUUUGAGCUAGAAAAUAACUUGAAUAACUCAGCAAAUUUUUGUUUUGUCAGGAAGAUGACCAUGUGAUGGUAACCAGCCUUGGUAGCCGGUCUUAUAAAGCCAAGUUUGUAAUUCUUGCUGUUCCACCUCAUUUGAUAGGUUAGAAAGUUAAAUAGAUGAGAAAAACAAUUUUUUGAUUAUCUCUUUGUAAGUAGUGUUAUAAUUUUCAAUAUGUAUUGCAAACCUGCCCUUAUGUUAUCUAUACAGGCAGUUCAUCAGUCUUUGGAAAAGGAGAGUGGGGGAACACAAUUUACAUUGAGCACAACAAAACUUUUUGGUAGCCAUAGUGAAUUAAAAGCGUGAUUCAUGCCAAUUUCCACUCUAUUAGUUGUCUAACUUUAUUGCCAAUUUUUCCAAAGGUCAGAUCAAAUUUAGUCCACCCCUCCCAUACAACAAGCAGCGUCUUAUUCAAAACAUGCCUCCAUCACAUUUGAUGAAGUUUGUGGCAACAUACUCCACAGCCUUCUGGAGGAAGGCAGGGUUAUCAGGAGACAUGGCCAGGAACACAACUAAAGGUUUUUGUGAGAGUAAUCCUAUUGCAGUAACAUUUGAUGCCACAUCAUCUGAUGGAAACCCUGCAAUUGUUGGAUUUAUAACUUCAUAUGCAGCAGCUCAGUGGAGCACAGUAAUGGUAAUGUUGCAACUGAUAUUCAAUGAUAUCCCUAAAGGUGAAGCUAACCCUUUUACCUCCAGGAAUGAUUAAUAUGUAACUUCUCUCUAUGGUAGCCAUACAUUAUGCAAAAAACAGGUGGUGAGAAUACUUAAAAUCAGGUAGAAGUUAUUAUGAUAAUCUUGAAGUAACACCAAAUUCUUGUCACUAAUUUACAAGGAAAUGUGUAGCUGCCAGUGGGGAGAAUUAUCAAUCAGAUCAUGGGAGUUAAUUAGGGUUAUGUUUGCUCCAGAAAGUUUCAUCUGAAACUUGAACUUGAUGUGAUACUCUUGCUUUAAUGAUCAAAUCACUUAUUUAACCCUGAAUAUAUCAAAUCUUUCCUUGUUGAAAAAUUAAGCUGCUUCAUUCCUUGACCUGCGAAGAGUUUAGAAAAAGAGAGAAGGGUCUGUAGAGUGGUUUGUUUUUUCUUGUGCGUUUUCAAUUAACCUCCAUUAGGGUGCUCAUAGGACUAUGAGAGAAAAGACAGGCCACAAACCAUUUACCUGUAAUCACCCUUCUUUUCAAGGAAGUUAUCCAUUAUAAUUAUAAAUGGCCAUGUCUCACCAUAGUCAUUUCGUACUUAACUCUUUAACCCCUAAGAGUGACCAGCAUCCAAUUUCUCCUUACAUUAUCAGCCCUGAAUCCAAAAUUUAGGUCAUAAGAAUAGGGAAAAUGAUCAUCAACUAAAGGAGGUCUUGAUUGUUAAACAAAUUCUCCCCAUCAGCACCUAAGGAAAUUUACAAAGCACAGUAUGAAGAAUAUUUAUGAUGUUGGGGUGUAAAGGGUUAAUCCUUAGACUAAGACAGAAUUUCUCCUUACAAUAUCACUACAAAAUCAAGCAGACAAGUGAUGAGAAUAUAAAAAAACAUCAGUUAGGGGAUAAAUACUACAACAGUUGAUCCAACACUAAAUUCUCCGUAUUAUCAAAAGAAUUGUGGGGCAGACAGUGAGGAGAAUUACUAAAUGAGAUCUUGGGAGUCAAAGGAUUAAGUGUUAAUGAAGGAAGUGUGAAAGUUUCCCUUGAGACUUCUAACUUUUGAUCCUGAAUUUUUUUUGCUAGGAUAAAAAUAAAAGAGAAGCAAUCCUUAAGGCUUUGAAAUUGUAUUUUGGUGAAGAAGCAGAGAAGCCUAUUGAUUUUACAAUAAAGGUAUGCUCAAUUGGCUUUUAAACCUCAGAUGACCAGAUUUGUGAAAUUUAAAAUGUAAGUGUUACUUUAAAUAAUUCCCCAUAAUUUGUGUAAAAUUUCCAUAAUUUCUAUUUUAUUGAGGAGCUUGUAGUUUCAUUGAUAAAAGAAUUCUCUCUGUGAGUGGAAUAUCAUAAGUAUUAUUUUGAUUUAGCGCCCUCAUUCUGAUAAGCAUCCCCCUCUCUAAUAAGUGCCCCCUCAAAUGUGUUUCUGUUAGUAAGUGCCCCUACUGAGCAAGCACUCUUGCUCCAAGAAGCAUCCCUAUUCCAGUGUUCUUGCUGCUUUUUUUAUAAGCAUCAAAGCUUUGUUUCAUUGGUUCUGCUGGUUAUCAAAAAUAAAAAGUGUCCUGAACUUGAUAAGCACCCUCCCUUGAUUAGUCUGUCUUCAUGAAUUGUAGGUGCCCCAUCCAGGUAAGUUUUUUUAUUCUUCUAGAGUAAGGAGUAGAAGAUGAAUAUGUUAGAGUUGAAAGUACUUCUAACUUAAGUCAAAUUAAAAGACUUAAACCUACUAGUUUUACUAUCAUAACAGUUAUCUUUCCUCUGUUCAAGUUGUCUACAAGAAAUUCUACGAUUCUUGAAAUAAUUUUUAAAAAAUCACAAAUCAAACUAGUUUGAAAUCAUUUUGACAUCAAAUUCACAUUCAACAUGAAUGGAUAUAAUUUUUUAAAUUGAUAACGUUUUGAUUACGUUAAGACAUUUUGAUGUGUGUUUCAUUAAUUUUCUUUUGUUUAUUUUUGUUUGUUUAUUUAAUCAGGACUGGUCAAAAGAGGCAUGGAAUGGUGGAUGUCCAGUGAAUGUGAUGGUCCCUGGAGCAAUGACAAAUUAUGGAGACUGUUUACGUGAGCCAUUUCUUAGGUAAGAAGGAAUUUGCUUUAAGCAUCAGCAGUGUUUGAGUCCUUGAUAAACUUCACCCUCACAGAGCAUCUUUCCAUCCAGGAGUAUUGUUAAUGUAUACCAGCAAACUCUUAGGGAAAUCUGAUGAAUGCAGGGUGACCUGCGAGGGAUUGACGUUCCUUUGAAUGAGAGAGCAAUACUCCUGCUCAGUAUGUGCUAUGAAACAAGAGCAGUUCUAGCAGGAGAGUCUGGAGGUUCUUAACCCCCCCCUCCCCCCUGCAGGCUUUUUCACUGCUUGUCUGAUUCCAAAUUCUUACAACAACAGGAUCACACAUCACACACUCAAUUUGAAUUAUUAAAAUUUACAUGUCUUGAAAUAUUUUUUAGCCUAUUUGGGCUCUGGUGUUAAGUAAAUACAUUCUGUGGUUUCUGAAUCAAGUUUCCUGGAUCUGCCCCCAGAUCAGGGAUAUGCUGCUGCAGUCACAGACCUUUAGGUUCUUAAGACUAAAGCCAUACAGGCAGUGGCAAUCCAGGUGGAGACUUGGGGGGGGGAUGGGGUAGGGAAGGGGGGGAUGGGGUGGGGAAGGGUGGGGAUCCCUUCUUACCAUUAGACCUGGGACCUUAUUUUACAUCUUGUCUGACACCAAACUUCUUGCAAUAUAACAAUAUUGCAUUUUACAACAGCAAAUGUAGUAUUUUGAAUUUAUUUGUCUUGUUGUAAAAUUUUUAAGGUUAUUAAGGCUAUAACAUUAAAAAAUUAUGUGUUUUUUGAAUCAAUGUUUGUAUCUCCUUCCCCUUCCAAAAAAAUUUAUCCAUCUACCCCAGCUUAGGUGGGUCUUGUCUAGAAAAUUUAGAAAAAGUGAGGCUGAUGAUUAACGCCAAUCAAAUGUAAGCUUACACUAUGCCCCUAAAACCUUUUACCACAUGUUUAGAAACUUGAGAAUUUAACAGAUGUGCAGGGCGUUGUCUACUCUCUGAAACUGCAUUUAACCAUCUAAUCCCUGAGAGUGACAUGCAUCUAAUUUCUCCAAACAGUAUCACUGUUGAUUCACACAUUAGGGUCAUGAGAAUAAAAGAAAUGCUGGCCAUCAAAUGAAGCUAUUGAUUGUUACACUUGAUGCUUCAGUUCCAUAGGAGAGCUGUGGAAGAGAGUGGAAUAUAUUAUUUCAUACUUAUGUCAGGUUUUUCCGGAGUUAAUAUAACCUCUCAGCCUACAGAGUGAUGAAAUAACAAGUGAUGUAAUGGUGUCAUCUUUUGUCAGAGUUCACUGGGCAGGAACUGAGACAGCCACCGAAUGGCGUGGUUUCAUGAAUGGAGCAGUACAAGCAGGUCAAAGGGCUGCAAAUGAAGUCUUGGACGGCUUAGCUUGUGCACCACUCAAACAUUCUGAGUGACUAAGCUGGGUGUUGUUGGCAAAACAUACAUGUAUAUUAAUACAGGCAACGUUCAUAUAGAAUAAUUUUUCAUAUUUGGAGAAUAUGGAUGCAUAAAUGAUAGUUUUUCAAUAGACUAAUAUUCAAAUGGUUAAUUUGAUCUUUACCAUAGAAGGUAUAGUCUAGAACAAAACAAAAUAACACCAGACAAGGACUAAAACAAAGAAACAAAAUAAAACAAAAAAAAAGGAUUCAAUGAUGCAGUGGUGGUGUAGCUAGAUGUAGCAAACCUCCAAAAUCUGAAUCAGUUUAUGUUUAUGUUUAUUUGAUAAUAUAAAAAGGAAAAUUACAAUUGAUGUAGAUGGUAUGCUAAGUCUUGAGAAAUAUAGAGCAGUGAUUUUUUUUGCGAGGGUAAAGGAACAGGGUUAAAACUGACCAGCUUCUAAUUUCUCCAAACAGCAAUACUGCUACAUCAUUCUUUAAAAUCAUGAGAAUAACAAAAGAUGAUUGUCAACCUAAGAAGCUUUGAUUGUUACACAAAUUCUCCUUAUCAGUACUGAAGGAAAUGUAUAGAGAAUGGUGUGGAAAAUAUAAUGGAUACUAAUUUCAAGGUAUAAAGGGUUUAAGUUUUAAAUUAUGAGAAAGAAAUGUUUAUUUUGAUCGCCUUUACCCUUAAACUCCCAAAAGUGAUUAACAUGUAACUUCUCCUUAACAUACCCAUACAUUAUCAAGCAAAAAGGUAAUGAGAAUACUCAAACUUAUCAGUUAGAUAUUAUAAUCUGGAUUGAACAAGUUCUUGUAAAUAAUUUACAAUGAAAUGUGUAGCAGCUAGAGGGGAGAAUUUACAAUCAGAUCUUGGGAGUCAUUGAGUAAGGUUAGUUAAUAUUUAAUUGGUUUGUCAAAAAUAUUACUUGAAGAUGAUCUUGUUAUUUUGAAAGUUUUCUUUUGUGUUCUUCAGUAAUUUGUUAUCUAAAAACACAAAUAACUCUUUUUCAUUGCUACAUUUUGUUUACUUACAUUAGUGAAAAUGCUCAUGUUUAACAACUGUAAAUGGGGAAUAUUUAAAUUAAUAUGAUUUUCACUAAAAAUUACUACUGAAAUUUUAGAACAGACGGGACAAUUAAACCAUGAAUCAAUCAUAGAAUUGAGAGUAAUUGUCGACUGAGUGUCGUAACUACCAAAUACGACCAAUAAGAGCGAAGGAAAAGAUCACUAGGAGCCAAUCAGAAGAAAGAUUAAUAUUAGAAUGAGCCAAUCAAAACGCUCAAAGCGCGGUACCAGACAGGUAACAAGUCAGAAUUGGUUUUAAUUUUGGAUCUGAUUGAUUGAGAAAGUGGCGCGAGUUUUCUUGACCAAUCAAAAAACCAUCGCAAACUAGUAUUACUUUCGACACUCAAUUGAAAAUUACUCUACAGAUGCUACUUGUGCAGUAAUGUUACAAAAACAAACCUCAUAAAAAUCGCGUUCUUACUUAGUAUAGUAAAUACAAAGGACAACAAACAUAUGUUAAUGUAAAGUUAUUCUUAUUCAGCAACAUGUUAUACAUAACACGGGGUUUUUUAUUUGAUCAAGGAAUAUACAUAUAUGUAAAACAUGAAGCUCUGUUCA